AUGGGCGCGCCACCAGAGAAGCGAGUAAGCACAAGGAGCCGCAAUGGCUGCGUGGAAUGUCGUUCGAAGCGUGUGAGAUGCGAUGAGAAGAAACCAUCCUGCACAGCUCGAAUUGUUUGGUUAAACAUCUGGCCUGCUCUCCUGCAUGCAGGAACCAAUAUUGGACCCUUGCCAAUCAACCCAAACGAUUGCGUCGCCUCGGCUACUCGUGAUCCGAACAUCCUCCAGAAUACCAUGUUGGUAUCAGCUUUACACUAUGCAUGGAACAACAAAGGCGAUCUUGCCCUUUUCGAAUCGACGUUCCUCUUCCACAAGAUCGAAAGCAUAAAACAGAUCAACAGCUGGCUUGCUAGUUCGUCCAGUGCGAAGGAUGUGCUGCGAUGCGCAAAGUAUAUCAGCACACUGUGUUUAGUCGAGUGCUGUCUUGGAAAUUUUGCAGUUGCUGAAUCUCACCUUAAUGGACUGACGACAUACCUCUUUACCAAGCAACAAGACAUCCUCCCACGAGACUCACAGUAUCAUGUUGACCUGGAGCUGGCAGAUCGGUAUCUCAUUAUAGCCAGCAACAUGAUUCAUAGCACGAAAAGCCGCAUAAGCAACGUCCUACCCCCAGAAACAAUACACCAAGAACCUGCUCUAGACACAGAGGUCGCAGAAAUAAGCCGAAUGAUCCACAAAAUGCAUCUCCACGAAGUCCACGUCCCCGAACUCCGCCUACGAGCAUUCCGGAUGAUACCCUUCUUAUUCGGCUCCAUUCCACCCGGCCGUAAACCCAAGGACAUCAACAUGUACCCAGCCAUACUAAUACUUCGAGAAAUGACGGCUCUGGUAUUGCAAACAUCCUCAGCCGAUGCCCCAGUUCCGAUGCCCUGGUAUGUUUGGAACAGCGGAGGCCCAUCGAGGCUGCUGUAUACGAUGUUCACGGCCCAUAUACAAUCCUUCUCGGACAAGAUUCCGCUUCCCACGCCUGAUGAGCCAGUGUUUGUAUCAGCAUGGUCUGGAUUCUGUGCCGCUGUUGGCUUUUAUCUGAUUACUGUUCCUGGAAUUUGUAAUCGAGCACUACCUCCAGAAAGAAGACUACAUCAUCUCAAGAUUAACAUCCUGAAAAGGGAUCUGCAGAAAGGAGUGAUGGAGUUUGAGAGUAUGAACACCGAAACACGGAACCUAUGGUUUUGGAAGGCGUUUGUUGGAGCGUUGAGUACGGUUUAUGCGCAGUCAAUUGUGUUUGACGAGCGUCUGGAUACCAUAUUGGACGAGCUCUGUGUUUUGAUAAAGUGCUGGACUAAGUUGACGGGGGUUGAGACAUGGGCGGAUGCGCGUCGGGUGCUGAGAGAGGUGGUGUGGCCAGUUGGGGCUGUCAAAAGCGAGAUGUGCGAGUCACUAUGGACCAAGGUACAGGCAUAA